UACAUGUGGCUGCCGUGGCGGAAUAUGGUUGAUGAGCCAGAGGAUGUCGAUCGCAUCGUGCUGUUCGACGACGUUUGUUCGAGUUUGUACGAACUUCGGAGCGAAACCGACAAACUAGCAUUUUUCGUGGAAUCGUUGAAGGCUUUGCGUUUGAUCAAUCUACCCCGUUUUCAGAGCUCAAACCGAUGCCUGUGGUAUGAACAAGCCGUCGACGCACAGACCGUCUUUAGGUACUUCGACGUUCUUCCCGAAGUGACCGGCUGCAGCAACUUUGUUGGACGACGUGAGUUUUUUCAGCAGUUCCUGUGCCAAGGUUUGCCUCUUUUACCUGAACAUCCAUGGCGUACAUUUUUGAUCUACGGUCAGCUGUACGACCAGGCUGUGCACCUGGUGUGCAAUACGACGCACAGUCUGAAGAUGCGUCAGAGAAGCUACAAGGCCUUUGCCAAACAUCUGCUGGAAGAUCCGGCUAACAGAAGCACUCUUGUACUUUAUGAAGCGUAUAGUCGCGGCUUAUGGAAGCUUCAAGCAUUGAGCGAAGCAGCGAACGUUAUCAAGACAGCAUUGACCCUUUGUCAGUAUGGCAUCUUUUACUUCUCUGCUGACUCGUUGGAGCAGGUGACAUUAUUAAGACUGCUUUGCUGCUAUGCUGAAAUUGCGCUAUCCAUGGGUACGGACCGAAUGGUGGUGGUCAGCGUUCUUGCAAUGUACUUGACCUCAGGCGAAGUUCAACAGAAUUCGUCGCUUCCCACAUCCUCUUCUUUUGAUAUCAGAGUCAACUGCUUGAUUGGGGUGUUGCAUGAAGAGUGGAAAAAGGUCAAGGAGCACGGCAGUAACAAAAUCUACGCGGAAACCAGGCAGGUCGUGAAGCAGCUCACAGAGCAACGAACACCACCACAGUGCACUCAUCGUCUGUACUACGCGUUCGACAGGGAACUAGAGUGCGUGUAUGAAAACGAAGUAUUUCUAACUGAGGUGAACGGUAGACGAAAAAGCGGUUGUGCUCCUAAACUACUGAUGGUGGUUCUCGACGAGGCUUUAAAAACUUUUCCGAAUCACUGCGGUUUUUUGAAACUUUUCUGUGACUUCUAUCUACGCGGUCAUCUGAUCGUGAAGUUGAGGAACUUUUUCGACACUGUCUGCUCGAAGACCUCGCCUCUGUGCUCAGUGGCCGUGAUUUACGCUGAGUUUGCGAGAUUUUUGAAAGUAAAAGAGGACACAGGUGUCAGGGCGAAUGACGGCGUCGACAGACUGAGGCACGUAUUCGACCAUUACGCAAAUACUUAUCCGAACCUAGAGCUACUCUGGCGUCUUUGGCUGAGGUUCGAAACGCUUUUCGCUGAAGGUAAGCUCGAGGAGGUAUCGUACCGAGCCAUCCGCAGCUGUCCAUGGCAAAAGAUCAUAUACUACGACGCAGUGUCUGCGUUGCCCGCAAGCAAAACCCAGAUGAUUGUCGAUUUGAUCGUCGAGAAAGAGCUGAAGCUCCGGGUGCCAUGGGAAGAAGUUGAAUUAUUGGAGGUUGCUCAGCCAGCCAUUGUCAACGAGCAAAUUCAACCGGGAUCAGAUACGCAUGAACUUCUUCACGAACCAACAGCAGAUCACGAUAAUUGA